AUGUCUCUCAAGCUCCUGCAACUGAUUGCAGCAUUGGCUGCUUCUGCCCAUGGCCUUGCUGUGCCUGAUAGCCAGGGCGCGGCUUUCAGCCUCGAUGCUUUGCCGUCAACGGCAGAGGAAUUUGAUCCCAUGGCUGAGCGCCAGAGGCUUGAGGCCAAGUUCCCUACGGCGCAUGGCAGCAACAUCAAAGCGCGCACCACGAAGCAGUCGGGCUCCGUGAAAGUGAAGCCUAUCGCUGGGGGCCAGUCAUUCUUCACCCCUACUGUCAUUGGAAACCAGACGUUCAAGAUGCUUUACGACACUGGUUCCGCUGAUUUAUGGGUGUAUUCCAACGAUUCUUCCCCCUUCCAGCGUGAGGAUCACCCAGGCUAUGUCCCAACUUCAUCUGCAACCCUUCUCAAGGGCUACAACUUCACCCUCAAGUACGCUUUUGGCGAUACAAUCAGCGGCGAAGUCUUCACCGACACCGUCAAGGCGGGACCCGUCGUAGCCAAAAAGCAGGCCGUCGAAGCCGCCCUCAUCAUCCAGCCCGAAGUCGCCUACGACGGCAUCAUGGGUCUCGCAUUCAGCACCAUCAACCAGGUCACGCCCAAGAAGCAAAAGACCUUUUUCGAAACUCUCCUCCCUACUCUGAAGAAGAAGGUCUUUGCUGCGAAUCUCAGGGUUGAUGGUAAGCCUGCAACAUGGGACUUUGGAUACAUCGAUAGCACCAAGUUCAAGGGCAAGGUCUCCUAUACCCCCGUUGUCAGCACGAAGUACUGGUCCAUGAACGUAAGCUCCUAUGCUGUAGGCAAGAGUUCAUUCAACAGCAAGAAGAAGGUUGGCGAGGUCAUCGUCGACUCGGGCACGUACCUAAUCUACUUGCCGGAAGCUGUGGUGAACGACUACUACAGCCAUAUCAAGGGGUACAAGCUCACAGAGGGAGGCUCUCGCACGUACCCGUGCAAUGCCACUGUUCCCGACUUCCAUCUCAAGAUCGACAGCACAACGCUCACUAUCCCGGGACGAGAUGUCAACUAUACUGUAUAUGAUCCCACUACGCGUCUCUGCACCGGAGCCAUCACGACUCAGCUCAACAAUAAAUACUCCGUGUUGGGAAAUUUGUUCAUGAAGAACUACUAUGUAAUUCAUAGCCAGGAGGAUGCUACCCCCAAACUUGGAUUUGCGUCGCUUUGA